AUGCAGGCCACUGAGGAGGUCGCCUACAAGGCUGCGGUCCAGGCUGCUGUUCAGGAUGAUAGCCGCAGCAAGGCCAUUAUCGUCGUGACCGCCGUUUUCCUCGGAAUUUCCCUCGGCAGUGUCCUUCUCCGAUGCUUUGUACGAACCCGUGUGGUACGGGCCUUUGGCUGGGAUGAUAUCGUCAUGCUAUUAGCCAUGGCAUUGAAUCUGGCAUUUGCAAUUUGUGGUAUUCAGGGCGCCAAGUAUGGCAUGGGUCGAAAAUUGCUCUACUUUGUAGAGUAUCCGGACAACUUCGAACGCGCACUACUGUGCUGGUGGUUAGGCCAAAUUUUCUAUGUGAUCACUUGCGUCCUCGCCAAAGUCUCUAUUAUCAUCACCCUGCUACGAAUUACGGUUUCUCGCCUUCAUGCCUGGAUUCUCUAUGCGGCCAUUACUCUCGCCACCGCGGUCGGUUUGGUCUUCUUGCUCUUCACCAUUUUCCAGUGUAGCCCAGUGCCCUACUUCUGGCACCAAGGAUCGACUUCCAGCCAUGGGACCUGUGUCAACAAGGAUACUCUGAUUGCAAUCGCGUAUCUCUACAGUGUCGGUGCAGCCGUCACUGAUCUCACCAUUGGCCUCCUCCCCGUGGCGCUGAUCUGGAACUUGCGCAUGAAUCAGAGGACUAAGUUUGCUAUUAUUGGUGUUUUAGGUAUCGGUUGCAUUGCGAGUGCUGCGGUUAUCGUUCGCAUUCCCUUUGUCCACAGUUAUAAAGACACCGAAUUUCUCUAUAACACAUACCAGAUCUCCAUCUGGUCCAACGUCGAAGCGGGACUUGGCAUCACCGCUGGCUGUCUGACGACUCUGCGACCACUCAUUCGAUUCCUGCGCGACGGCUCCUCCGCCUCACGCAAUCGCACCCCCGGAUCUUUUCCCUUAUCCAGCAAUGUGGCGCAGGGAUACCGAUUAUCGCGUUCCAAGCAUGACCGCCCCGGCUCGCAUCAGCUAUGGACGGGCAGCGAGAAUGACGAAUAUCAUGGCGUGACAACGACGAUUCUGGGUAGUAGCCAUCGGCCGAAUCCAACAAGUAGCAGUGAGGAGGACCUCAACCCGAAGAACGAGCUACCUCCGUCAGGCUGGAAGGUCGAACGGUCCGUUCGGGUGUCCGUGCGCGACGAUUUAUGA